AUGGCGGACUCGGUUUCCAGCAGCCGACGUGGCACAGCAGGCGGGCAGGCGCGGGAGGCGGGGCGGCGGCCGGAGGGCAGGCACCCCCUUGAAGUGCCGGAGACCACAGCGAGGGACGCCGACCGCGGCGCCGAGCAGGGAGCUGCUGGCUCCAACAACGCCCUCUCCGCGAGUGACAGCGGGCAUCACGGGGAGCGGAAGUUUGUGCAUCCGUUUUGGUUCGUCAAUAGCAGCAUGCCGCCCGCCUACUGGGACUACGAGCGGGCGAAGAUUGAGUACAGCAGCGGGGAGCCCUACGAGUUGAUACAAAAAAUUGGCCGUGGGAAGUACUCGGAGGUGUUUCGCAGCCGCAACUGCCACAACGGCGAGCUCUGCGUCCUGAAGAUUCUCAAGCCGGUGCGACUGAAGAAGAUACACCGCGAGAUUACGAUUCUGCAGAACCUCUGCGGUGGGCCGAAUGUGCUGCGGCUGCUGGACGUCGUCUCGAUCCCGCCCGGCGGGACCCCGGCGCUCGUGACGGAGAACGUCGAGCCCGCCGAGAACUUCCGCAGCCUGAUGGCCUCCGGUAGGCUCAGCAACUUUGACAUGCGCUACUACCUGUACGAGGUGCUGCGCUGCCUGCACUUUGCGCACAGCCGCGGCAUCUUCCACCGCGACAUUAAGCCGCAGAACAUUAUCAUCGACCACAGCCGGCGCAAGCUGCGCAUCGCGGACUGGGGGCUAGGCGAGUACUACAUCCACGGCCAGGUCUACAACCUCUGCGUUGGCACGCGACACUUCAAGGGGCCGGAGCUGCUCGUUGGUCUCCGCCUCUACGACUACUCGCUGGACAUCUGGGGCGUGGGCUGCAUCCUGGCCGAGAUGCUCUUCCGCACCUUUCCCUUUUUCCGCGGCGAGAACAACGAGGACCAGCUCUUCCAGAUCAUAGACGUGCUCGGCACGGAUGACCUUCUGCGCUACACGCGCAAGUACGGCAUUCACCUGCCGCGGCACCAGCUGGCGCGCGGGGGGGUGCGGAAGUGCACGAAGCGGCCGUGGCACUCCUUCGUCAACCCCCGCUGUGCCGCGUGGUGCGACGCGCAGGCGCUCGACCUGCUCGACAAGAUGCUGAAGAUGGACCACCAGGAGCGCAUCCUCGCCGCCGACGCGAUGCAGCACCCCUUCUUCGACCCCGUCCGCCGCGCCCUCCGCGGCGAGCCGCAGGAGCAGUACCCCCACCUGCAGAGCUGA